CGAUUCGAACUCAAACGGUAGUUAAAGAUUAGUGGUGUCGAUCUGGAAAGGUUUUGAUGGACUUGGAAUCGAAUAUUAAAGGUCUUUUGUCUGAAAUUUCUGAUCAAAAGAAGAAAGAUGAUGAGUAUUCACAUUUGAAUUUGAUGGACAAUGAGUUGAAUUUUACGGGUGUUGAAAAUUUUGUCAAUGCUGAUGAGGCUAGGAAUUUCGUGGGAUCUAAUGGCUGCAGGGCAAAAAUUGAUGAUGACAAGAGAAGUGUUGAUGAGGUCAAAGACGACGUGGCUUUAAUUUCAAACGUGGUGAAGAAAGAUGAGUCUAACCGGAAGAGAAAGCGCGAGGUUCACUUCGGAGUGCUUGAUUGGGUUACUAUGGUUGCAAAGGAUCCUUGUGAUCCGGCUAUUGAGUCCCUACCGGAAUUAUCUAAAUGGAAAUAUUACGGGAAUGAGCUGGUGUGGAAGCAGGUGUUGUUGGUUCGAGAGGCAAUGCUUUUGACAAGAAGUUCCGAUUCAAGUGCUGAACAAUCGAUUUGGGAGGAACAGACAUCUUUGAAACCAUUGUUUCUUAUUGUUCCUUUAGUCAGGUCUUAUGUGGACAUGACAAAAUCUGUUAAAUUGGUGCUCUAA